UGACUAUAAAAGAAUAAACAAGCAAGGGCCCCGGUGACCACUGCCUGGCUGGCCGGGGCGGACAGACCUGACGGGACCAUGGCUGUGAUGCAAGCCCCGGGGGGCCCCAGCCCAGGGCAGACCUGCGUGCUGAUCCUGAUCUUCACGGUGCUCCUGCAGUCCCUCUGCAUGGCUGUGACCUACUUGUACUUCAACAGAGAGCUGAAGCAGAUGCAGGACAAGUACUCCAAAAGUGGCAUCGCUUGCUUCUUAAAGGAAGAUGACAGCUCCUGGGACACCAAUGACGAAGAAAGCAUGAAUAGCCCCUGCUGGCAAGUCAAGUGGCAACUACGUCAGCUUGUUAGAAAGAUGAUUUUGAGAACCUAUGAGGAAACCAUUCCUACAGUUCAAGAAAAGCGACAAAGUCUUACAUCCCUAGUGAGGGAAAGAGGCAGUCGAAGAGUAGCAGCUCAUAUAACUGGGAAUCAGCGAAGAAGCAGACCGUUCCCCUCUUCAAGUAAGAGAAACAGUAAAGUUUUGGGCCAGAAAAUAAACUCCUGGGAGUCAUCAAGGAGAGGACAUUCAUUCCUGAAUGACUUUCACUUGAGGAAUGGAGAGCUGAUUAUCCCUCAAACAGGGUUUUAUUACAUCUAUGCCCAAACAUAUUUUCGAUUUCAGGAGCCUGAGGAAAUUGUGGGAGUAGUUUCAGAAGAAGAGAACAGAAAGAAAAACAAACAAAUGGUGCAAUAUAUUUACAAAAACACAAGCUAUCCUGACCCCAUCCUGUUGAUGAAAAGUGCCAGAAGCAGUUGUUGGUCUAAGGAUUCAGAAUACGGACUCUAUUCCAUCUAUCAAGGGGGGAUAUUUGAGCUUAGGGAAAAUGACAGACUUUUUGUUUCUAUAACAAAUGAGCGGUUGAUAGACAUGGACCAAGAAGCCAGUUUUUUCGGGGCCUUUUUAGUUUACUAAAUGACCUGCAGUGAAAAAACAAUCACUUCACAGUGACUGUUCGUUUUUCAAGAUGCUACACUAUGAAGUGCUCCAAAAAAUCUCACC